CUUCAAAAUUUGUUUUCACACAGUUUCAUUUUGUUUUCUGUCUUCACUUGCGCGCGCUUUUGCUCUCUCUCUGUCUCUGUCUGUCUUAUGGCCCUUUUGGAGACGCGCCAAACGAUAGAAUGGUGCCCUAGGCUGACGAAUCAAUACAAAUGGCUGAGUUUAUGCAAAUCUGCUAAAUAAAUGCAAACACGUUGCAGGUGCGGGCAAAAAAGUGUUGCAAAUUCAAUUCAGUUGGAAUCGCAAAAAUCAAAGUAAACAAGCAAGAAAAGUCCCAACGACUGCCUAAUACUCGAUUGUUGAAUAGUGUCUUAAAUUAAAUCAAGUUGACAGCACGUGGUCGCUAAUCAAACAGAAUUGAACUGUUAAAUGGCUGCCGAGGCCUAUUUGUGCGUCAAUAUUUAAAGCCGCCCAUAGAAAGACACAGGCGACUGAAGCGAACGUGCGCGAACUGAGAUCUGGAGGCUAAUGCAACGAGCACAGCCACAAGGGCUGAAGAUGACAGAAAGCCAUUUGCCGGGCACAGUUUGAGUUGGUCUCAUCAUCAAUUACCCCUUCCAGCGUUGGCCAUUACAGCCGUUCAGCUAGCCAAACAGCAGGAGGGGCGACAACAGGCAACAGGCGUCGACAACAGGUCGUCAAGGAGCUGCGUCCUCUCAGCCAUAUAAGUGGGCAACUACGUGACUUUGUCAGCACACGCAGCUGGAGCCGCAGUCAAGCGUUUAACUGAAGAGCAUCGCCUACUCGCUGAAAGCCUGGGCCAGAUUUACCUGAUGUGGGGACAGGUGCAAUGAAUGUAUGCCGCGCUCGUUGACACAAUAACUAACAAUCAUGACCGAUGUGUCAGCUGCCGCAGGCAGGGCCUGCGAUAGAACCGAGGCGCCAGUCGAGUCCGCGUCUAAGACAACAUCUCAAGCACUCACCAAUGGUGCCACAAGACAACCGCUAACAGUAGCAGCAGCAUCAACAGCAGCAGCAGCAGCAGCAACGGCAACGGCAAUAGCCACGGCAACGACAGCAGCAACAACAUCACCGACAGCAACAACCGCAACUGCAACCGUAAGCAAACAAGUUAAGUCCGAACGUCACUUGCAAAGCAACAACAAUCAACAUGUAGAAACGGCAACGCCCCCGAAUCCGUCAAAGCUGUCCACCGACAGUGAGACGUGUGCGCCUGCGGCUACAGCGAAUGCCAAAUCCAGCAGCUUCAGUAGCAGCAGCAGUAAGACGACGGCCACACAGCAAGAUGUGGACGAGGUGGCUCGCCUGUUCGAAGAGAAGCCCGAGGCCUUUGAGAAAUGGCUAACGGAACGUGCACCGCCCGAGGCGCUGAGUCGCCUACACGAGUUCAUUGAGAGCCGCAAGCCGCACAAGCGGCCCUCGGUCACUUCGGACUUGUUUCAGCAAUGGAUGGCCUCGCCCACAGUGCAGCAGAAGUCGCCGCGCAAGUUAUCCAAUUCGUCGGUGCAUGCACUGCCCGAGAGUCGACGCCAUUUGAUGGAAUUAGAUGAGGGCGAGCUCUUCAUGGAGCUGAUACGUGACGUGGCCAACGAGCUGGACAUCGAUGUGCUUUGCCAUAAGAUAUUGGUGAACGUUGGCCUGCUAACCCAUGCGGAUCGUGGAUCUCUCUUUCUGGCCAAGGGCACGCCCCACAACAAGUACCUGGUGGCCAAGCUCUUUGACGUCACACAAAAGACAGCACUCAAGGAUGCGGUGACGCGGGCGCGAGCCGAGGAGAUCAUCAUACCGUUUGGCAUUGGCAUUGCUGGCAUGGUGGCCCAGACAAAGCAGAUGAUUAACAUCAAGGAGGCCUACAAGGAUGCGCGGUUCAAUUGUGAAAUCGAUUUGAAGACCGGCUACACAACCAACGCCAUACUCUGCAUGCCCAUCUGCAAUUACGAGGGCGACAUCAUAGGCGUGGCGCAAAUCAUCAAUAAAACCAAUGGCUGCAUGGAGUUCGACGAGCACGAUGUGGAAAUAUUUCGCAGAUAUCUAACGUUCUGCGGCAUUGGCAUACAGAAUGCCCAGCUCUUCGAGAUGUCCGUCCAGGAGUACAGGCGCAAUCAAAUCCUUUUGAAUCUGGCGCGCAGCAUCUUCGAGGAGCAGAACAAUCUCGAGUGCCUUGUCACCAAAAUCAUGACCGAGGCGCGGGAGCUGCUCAAAUGCGAGCGCUGCUCCGUUUUUCUAGUGGAUCUCGACUGCUGCGAGGAGAGCCAUUUGGAAAAGAUAAUCGAGAAGCCUCAUCAGCUCCAGCAGCGCACCUCGCGUGCCAUUAUGAGUGGCGACAGCUUCGAGGAAAAGCAAAAGAUGCGCAAUCGCUUCACCGUGCUCUUCGAGCUGGGCGGGGAAAAUCAUGCGGCGAAUGUGUCGCGGCCCUCCAUCAGCGAUCUGAGCCACUCGACGCUGGCGCAGAUUGCCCAAUUCGUGGCCACCACCGGGCAAACGGUGAACAUUUGCGAUGUUCACGAUUGGGUUCGGGAGCACAAUCAAAUACGCGCCGAGAGCGAGAUCGACAGCACCCAUGCCAUACUCUGCAUGCCCAUUGUGAAUGCCCAGAAGACGGUCAUUGGCGUGGCCCAGUUGAUUAACAAGGCAAACGGUCUGCCCUUUACCGAAUCGGAUGCAUCCAUAUUCGAGGCAUUUGCCAUAUUCUGCGGCCUGGGCAUACACAACACACAGAUGUACGAGAACGCCUGCAAGCUGAUGGCCAAGCAGAAGGUGGCCCUGGAGUGCCUCAGCUAUCAUGCCACGGCCAGUCAGGAUCAGACAGAGAAACUCACCCAGGACCCCAUUGCCGAGGCCGAAUCGUACAAUUUGUACAGCUUCACUUUUACGGACUUUGACCUGAUUGAUGAUGACACCUGUCGUGCAGUGCUGCGCAUGUUCAUGCAAUGCAAUCUCGUCUCCCAGUUUCACAUACCCUACGACGUGCUCUGCCGCUGGGUGCUGAGCGUUCGCAAGAACUAUCGCCCAGUCAAAUAUCACAAUUGGCGACAUGCUCUGAACGUGGCUCAGACAAUGUUCGCAAUGCUGAAGACGGGCAAAAUGGAACGUUUUAUGACCGACCUAGAGAUACUGGGCCUGCUGGUGGCCUGCCUGUGCCACGAUCUGGAUCAUCGCGGCACCAACAAUGCAUUCCAAACCAAAACUGAAUCCCCGCUGGCUAUACUCUAUACCACCAGCACCAUGGAACAUCAUCAUUUCGAUCAAUGUGUUAUGAUACUCAACUCCGAGGGCAACAAUAUAUUCCAGGCUUUGUCGCCCGAAGAUUAUCGCUCCGUCAUGAAGACUGUCGAGAGCGCUAUACUCUCGACCGAUUUAGCAAUGUAUUUUAAGAAACGGAACGCGUUUCUCGAGCUGGUUGAGAAUGGCGAAUUCGAUUGGCAGGGCGAGGAGAAGAAGGAUUUACUGUGCGGCAUGAUGAUGACGGCCUGCGAUGUGAGCGCCAUAGCCAAGCCUUGGGAGGUGCAGCAUCGCGUUGCCAAGCUAGUGGCCGAUGAGUUCUUCGAUCAAGGCGAUCUCGAGAAGCUGCAGCUUAAUACACAGCCCGUGGCCAUGAUGGAUAGGGAGCGCAAGGAUGAGCUGCCCAAAAUGCAGGUUGGUUUCAUAGAUGUCAUUUGUCUGCCACUCUAUCGUGUGCUGUGCGACACAUUCCCCUGGAUAACGCCAUUGUACGAGGGCACGCUGGAGAACAGACGCAAUUGGCAGGAUUUGGCGGAGAAAGUGGAGAUGGGCCUCACCUGGAUCGAUCACGACACGAUCGAUAAGCCCGUUGAGGAGUUUGCCGGCUGUGCCGAUGAGGAGAUCAAGGACAUUGAGUUCACCGUGACAACGCUCAACUGCAACCAGCAUGGAGGCAGCGCCAGCGGCGGCGGAGAGGACACUCACACACCGGAGCACCAGCGCAGCAGCUCACGGCUGAGCAUCAAGAAGACGGGCGCUUUGGGCAAGGUGGUGCGCUCGAAGCUAUCGAAGACGCUCUACAACAGCAUGGACGGCUCGAAGCCAAAGACAUCGCUCAAGCUGCUCGAGUCGCAUGUCAGCGAGGAUAUGGACGACAAGAGUCCGACCAGUCCAUCUCAGCCGCAUUCUGGCAGCGUUGGACGCAUGUCCGCCUCCUCGUCCACAUCGUCAGCUGGCACCGUCGACAAGAGCAAGAAGCGCUCCAAGCUGUGCGCAUUAUUAUGACGAAAGCCGUCUAAUUAGAGUUUGGUGACCCCCUCCAAUGCGGCUGGCAGUGAGACUGACAAAAGCGGAGGGGGGCUGACCGAAAUCUAAUUGGCUGAAUAGUUUGGCUGGACAGUGUGCAUAGCAACAAAAUGCCAGCCAUAAAGCCUACAAUUAAAAUCUCGAAUGACAUUGUCUUUAACUAACUAACCAACUAACUAACUAUAGUAACUAACUAAUUAAUGUGUAGUUCAAGUUGAAUGAGAACAGCUCUUGUUUGCUCUACGUGUAUAUGCCUAUAAGUAGAGAACAAUAUACCCACUCACACACACCAACACCCACACCCAAACACCCACACACGCACACACCCAUACAGCAAAGAUAAUUGCAAUAUUAUACCUAAGUGAAUGUCAAAUCAUGUGAUCUAUUUAAGGUCCUAAAGGCCAAAGCGCAUGCGCAUUAAGCCUUUUGGUAUAUUAUCUCUCUCUCUCUCUCUCUCUCUCUCUCUCUCCUCCUCUCUCUCUCUCUCCGUUUUUCUAGCUUUGAAUCUGAACGAAUCGUAAUUCUAAGCUCUUAGAUGUUUGUACACCUCACGAAGUCAAAUAUAUGUACUAUAUAGAUAAUCAAUACAAAUGUGUUAAGUAGUUCUCUUUCGUAAUCGAAACGUGCUAGUCAAACGUAUAAAAUACCAGAUAUUUACAUAGCAUAUGGAUAUGUUUAAGCAAGAAAUUUGAUGAGGCUAUGCAUGACUAAGCUAUCUAGGGCUAUCGAAAUUGCCGUGCCCCAAAUAACUAUUACAACUAGUCCGCAUGUGAUAAAUAUAUACACGUGUUGUACUCGUACUCUUAAAAUAUAGAUGGCAUUACCAAAUCCAAGUCCCUAUAUACUACUAUGUUUAACUAUAUUUAAGCAGCUGAUUCAACAAAAAACAGAACUUGUGAAAAAUAUAAACUAUAGCAAUAUUUUCUGAUAUUUCUAGACUA